AAUAGAGGCGCGAUCAAAAUGGCGGAUGAAGCGCUCGAAAAUUCUUCAGCGGAAGCCCUUGUCAGCCUCAAGGAAGGCAAAGGGAAUAGUUUUACACCGCCUCGACGGGCAAAUGACUUUUUAAAAAUUCGCCUGCAGCCACCACGCAUGAAGAAGAAAAACCGAUUGAUCUUUAACGAUGACGAGGAAACUGAACUAGCGAAUAUGCGGUCGCCACGGAAACAAUCCAAAUUAUCGUCGCCGGUAAGUCGGAUUAGGAUGAAAGGUUCGCUCAGCACACCAGACAAGAAGGCAGCUCAGGCGACUGGUGUACGAUUAAGAAACCUCCUCAAGUUACCCAAAGCUCACAAAUGGGUUUGUUACGAAUGGUUCUUCUCAAAUCUUGACAUCCCUCUGUUUAUUGGAGAGAAUGACUUCUGCAUAUGCUUGAAAGAAUCGUUCCCUCAACUCAAGUUGAGUAAAAUGCGACGAGCUGAGUGGUCCAUUCUCAGAAGACUCAUGGGAAAACCCAGAAGAUGUUCGCCGUCUUUCUUCUUGGAGGAGCGACAGGCCUUGAAUGCAAAACGAGAAAGAAUCAGGUUAUUACAGCAGAGGAAAGUGACGGAACUAAAAAAUUUGAAAGAUUUACCAGAAGAAGUCCCUAUGCCUCUAGUCAUUGGAACAAAAGUGACAGCUCGUUUGAGGAAGCCCCAGGAUGGCCUAUUCACAGGUUCGAUAGAUGCUUUAGAUACGGUGAACAAUACUUACAGAGUAACGUUUGAAAGGGCAGGACUAGGAACACACUCGAUACCAGAUUAUGAAGUAUUAAGUAAUGAGCCACAAGAAACUAUGCCGCUGUCAUCAUUCCAACAAAAACACCGGCCAAGACAAAACAUAUUUACGCCGCCGCGGUUCAUACCAGGAUUACAGUCGCCACAGCUGGAAAAUGACCCAUUAUUAGGUGGAUCACCGGCGCGAGGACAUGUGUUGUCAAUGGAAGGCGGCACGUAUGGAGGAUUCCCUAUCAAAUUUUUAGUUCUUGUGACACGACUUUCAAAAAUUCUUUCAAUUAAAAAAGAUUGGAUCAACAAGCUCAAGAACAUGAAUACAGAGGCGGAAAAAAAGAUGUGUCGAGAUAUGUGGUGUCCCGAAAUGUUUAAUGAACUGUAUGGAAAAUCGUUCGAGGAGCCCAUCGAUAUGGACUUUCAGAAGAAGUAUGCCAGCGUCGUGUUAGAAUUAGAAACUCUCAAUAGAGAUCUCAAUGAAUAUUUGUCUGGGGUGCAGCAGUAUUGUUCAGAGAUUGCACCGGACCAUGGCAUCCGGGCGUUAGAACAACCCAAUGAAUUGAAGAAGAAAUGUGAGCGUGAAGCAGACGACACUGUCGCACGGAAUAACGCCGCGCAGGGCAAACGAUGUGUCAAGAAUGACAAGUCUCUCAAGCUAGUUGCCAAGCUUACAUCACUGCUGUAUCAGAUCAAGAACUUUGCGGAGAAUGACUUGAACUCGUUUGAAUUCAAGUCGUUACAAGAUUCGUUGAGUGAGAUUAAGGACACUUUGGAGCCUGGGAAUAUCAGUGUGUUCCAAAAUAACGUCGAGAUCCAUGUGAACCAUAUCCAGAGUGGUCUCAGUCAGAUGGGAAACCUGAGUGCCUUCUCGGAGACAGCUGCAUUCUCGAUAUGAACGUCAGACAACGAGUCUGAACAAUACUGUGCCAAAGAAUGUAUUGUCUUUGUCGGUGUAUGACCAACUGCUGUGACUUUGUGUUAUCAGAGCAGCACAUGCAGUGUUCUUGACAGGUUGACCGGCAAACUCGGCUGCUUCACGAUGGAGAGUGUGACUUUGUGUAGGACUCGCUGAUGAUACUGAAAAAAUGUUGGCCGAGUUGCGAAUUCAGUGCAUUACUGAGGGACAGGAUAUCUUCAUUAGGAAGUUAGGUGGAUGUGGGAUUUGCUUAAAAAAAGGGAAAAUGUUUUGCAGAGAUUGGAAACGCUCGUGAGACAUUCUUAUGCUACAGAAAAUUAUGGAAUUGGCCCCUGCAUUCAGGCAACUGCGAGGGGGGGUCCCUCAUUGUUUCUUCACUGCGUUUGGAGAAUAGAUGAGUCUACUGACAUGAUGAUGUGGGGAUAGGAUACAGAAGCCGGGGAAAAAUUGUAUAUUUGUACAGUUGCUAUAUACUGUGUUUACUUGUUUAAGCCAUUCGAGGGGCACCUGUUAUACAUAGGCCUAAUAUUACAGGUAAAGUAGACUGUGAGUACAGGUGCCCAAGACCGGCUUAAACAUGUUGACCCAGUGUUAGUUGAUAAUUCUGUGGCAAUACAGAUUCUGAUUUUCGCGUCUGUAGAAUAUUGUAAAUAGUGUCUCAGUUUAUGUCACUUGUCAUAAUGAAAAUAGAGCUAUUCAGAUCAUCCAACUAUGCAUAUUAAGAUAAUCAUGUGCAUUUGUAAACAAUAUUGUGUGUAUAUUUCCAAACAUACGUGUGCUGAUGAACAGUGCCAACUUAAACAUGGAAGGGAAGGGAUUUUGGGAGUUAGUGAAGAAAAUUUCAAUGAGACAUGACAAGUAAUGAAAUCAAGAUGGCACACUUUAUUUCUGUAGCUAUAUCUAAAUAAACCGAUGAAAAUUAUGUAAA